AUGUCGUACUUCUCAGACACCUCAUCGACAUAUUCCGCCGCUCCCCCUCUAACACCUUCACCACCUCAACAUGAUUCUCAGCAUCACUCCAAUUCAUACUCCUCACCUACACCGUACGAUCCGACCUCACCUCCCGCGAGUCUACGCAACUACUCUUCCGCACUGAUACGACAGAUGUCCGCGGGAUUGAAGGAAGCGAUGAAAGAUUUGAAGGAUGAUAGAGGUGGUCCAGAGAGGAAAUUCGAUGUGGAAUAUGGAUAUGAUGAAGAUCCGAUCGACCGUCAUGUCAGAUUGUUUUUGACGCCUCGAAGAAAUCUUGAGAAUCAGAAACUACAAACACGAGGUAAAGGCUUACCUGAAUUGGGUUUAUUCCCUACUGCUACCGUUCCUCAACCAUCCAAAGCACCCCAGCAUCAGAACCAGAAGAUACCAGCAACGGAACCUCGUCCUACCUCCAACGAUAACAUGUUAAUUUCCUCGAGUGAUACAAAAGACCAAGAUACCUUGCAGAGAUUCCAACCUGGAUUAAUCCAUUUCCACCGUACCAAUUCUACCGCUUCUAGCAGUUCUUCUCUUGAUCCACCUCGACCCGGCUUCUCUCGAAUGUCAUCUAGCAUGUCUAGUGGCUCAGCCGUCAGUAUAUCAAGUGAAGCCUCUUUUGAAGCUGUCAAAGCUGAAGAUAUAAUUAGUAUGUAUGGUGGAUUUGCAACAUCGACUUCGUCGCAGAAAGAAGAUCCAUUCGAAUAUGAUUAUCAGCAAGAAGAAGAAGGGCAGGAAGAAGAUAUAGAAUUGGAAGUUGGUUUAGGUAGAACAUCAAUAUUUUCAACGACAAGUACGAUAACCGUUAAACCUGAUUAUCCUCAAUCCCAACAACAACAGCAGUAUAACCAACCUAGAUUAUCACCCUCCUUUGCUCCACAACAGCAACAGCGAGCACCUACAUCACCUUCUCGCCCAUCGUUAUUUAGAAAGAGAUCCAGAGUCCAUCCAUAUGAGACACCCGCCGAAUCACCGAGUGAGAUGGAAGAACCACCAUGGUUGGCGAACAGGACGAUAAGUGAACAAAUGGUGGCUCAAGCCGGAUUGAGAGUUCAGCGCCAACGUGCUGCGGUCGGUGUGAGGCGUUGA